AUGUCAGGUGAUCGUAAUUGGAUGUACCACCGACUUAGUGAAAAUGGUUAUAUAAGAGCUGAGUUCUGUGAUGGAGUUAAAGGGUUCCUUGAGUUUGCAUUUACUCAGUUAGAGUAUUGUAGUGGUGAUAAGAUUAGAUGCCCUUGUAUAAGAUGUGACAACCAGAAAUUUCUUAACCGUGAUACGGUCAAUGUUCAUCUUUUGAGAAAGGGGUUUACACCGGGGUAUUCAACAUGGUUUGCACAUGGGGAGUUACUUGGUGCAGUUGCUCCUAUAAGUACAAGUGCAGUAGAAGCAUCGACAUCAAUGGAUGUUGGUUGUGAACAUGGUCAGCAAUAUAGAACCAUGGUGAUGGAAGCUAUGGGCCCAGAAGAGGAACUUCAUUUGAGGAGUGCACUUGAAGUUAAUCAUGAGGAAGAGCCAAACAAGGAUGCUGCAGAUUUUUAUUCUUUAUUGAAAGAUGCAGAAGUACCUUUGUGGGAAGGGUGUAAAAAACACUCUAAGUUAUCUGCUAUUAGUCAAUUAUUAAAUUGCAAGUCUGAAUUUAAUAUGAGUAUAUCUUGCUAUGAUCGAAUCAUGAAAAUAGUGAAGAAUAUGUUGCCGGAAAGUGAGAAGCUGCCCCCUGAUUUCUAUCAAUCAAAGAAGAUGCUUCGGAAGUUGGGAUUGGAGUAUACAAGUAUUGAUGUUUGUGAGAAUAAUUGUAUGCUAUUCUAUAAGGAAACAGAGAAUUUGAUUGAGUGUACCAUUUGUGGUCAUCCUCGAUAUAAACUCAGAAGAAAUGAUGGUGGUGGUAGGAGAAAAGAUGUUCCUUAUAGAAGGUUGCGAUAUCUUCCAAUAACACCAAGACUUCAGAGGCUUUUUAUGUCAAGCAGAACGGCUGAAAACAUGUCAUGGCAUGUGAAGGGAGGUGAUUCAGAUGAGAUGGUGCAUCCUGCUUGUGGGGAGGCUUGGAAGCACUUUGACCGCAUUCAUCCAUCCUUUUCUACCGAGCCUCGUAAUGUGAGACUUGGGUUAUGUACUGAUGGUUUUAACCCUUUUAGCCAAUCAGCUCGUCCUUAUUCUUGUUGGCCAGUUUUCGUAACAGUUUACAAUCUUCCACCAUCAAUAUGUAUGAAACGACUCUACAUUUUUCUAAGUUUAGUCAUUUCUGGACCUAAGAGCCCCGGCAAAAGUAUCGAUGUCUUGCUUAGGCCUUUGAUUGAUGAACUUAAAAUAUUGUGGGAAGUAGGGGUCAGCACUUAUGACAUUUUUAGAAAAGAGAAUUUUCAAAUGAAGGCAGCUUUAUUGUGGACUAUCAACGAUUUUCCUGCAUAUGGCAUGCUUUCAGGAUGGAGUACGCAUGGAAAGUUGGCCUGCCCGUAUUGUAUGGAGAACUCAAAAACUUUUACACUACAACAUGGUGGGAAGACUUCUUUUUUUGACUGCCAUCGUCAAUUCUUGCCCAUGGACCAUGCAUACAGAUACCAAGUUGAUGGUUUCUUCAAUGGUAGAAUAGAGACAGACCCCCCACCUCCUCGAUUGUCUGGUGAGGAGUUGAAAAAUAGGGUCUCUGCCUUGCCUAAUAUAACUUUUGGUUUGAAAGCCCCUAAGCACACCAUUCCUGGAUUCGGUAAAGAUCAUAAUUGGGUGAAAAGGAGCAUAUUUUGGGAGUUGCCCUAUUGGCAUACACUACUUAUUCGACACAAUUUAGAUGUCAUGCAUAUUGUUCGAAAUGUGUUUCUCAAUAUAUUUUACACUUGUAUGGAUGUAAAAGGGAAGACUAAAGAUAAUGUGAAAGCAAGGCAAGAUUUAGAGCUGUAUUGCAAGCGUCCUAAGUUGAGGAUUCAAUUUGUUAAUGGAAAGCUAGUUAAGCCUCCAGCUUUCUAUGUAUUGUCCAAAGACCAAGCAAUGGAGGUCUGCGAGUGGGUGAAAGGGUUAAGACUCCCUGAUGGAUAUGCUUCAAACAUAUCGAAGUGUGUUAACCUGGAUGAUUAUAAGUUUUACGGGUUAAAAAAGUCACGAUUGUCAUGUUUUUAUGCUGAGAUUGCUUCCAAUUGCAUUCCGUGA